CUAUACUCUUGUUGUCCAAGCCUCUAAUGACUCCUUUUUCACGUGGACUUGCGCUGAGGCCUCAAGUGGGAGACUCCUUUGGGUUUCAGUAUAAAUUGGGGAGCGACAUGACAACGGCCUUGGGUCUGAGUGUCCUCUGUGGGAGACUCCUUGGGGUUUUAGUAUAACUCCUUUUUCCCGCCCGGACAUUUACACAAACGUUUGGCGCACAUAAGCAGCCGGAGAGAGAGAGAGAAAGAGAGAGAGAUGAAAUACGUAUUGGUAACGGGAGGAGUGGUGAGCGGAUUGGGCAAGGGCGUUACUGCGAGUAGCGUCGGUGUAGUCCUCAAAGCCUGUGGUCUUCGCGUCACUUCCAUUAAAAUAGAUCCAUAUUUGAACACAGAUGCUGGCACCAUGUCUCCUUUUGAACAUGGAGAGGUUUUUGUUCUUGAUGACGGUGGAGAGGUUGAUCUUGACCUGGGUAACUACGAACGUUUCUUAGAUGUGACCCUUACAAGGGACAACAACAUUACCACUGGAAAGAUAUAUCAGUCUGUACUUGACAAGGAGCGGCGAGGCGAUUAUCUUGGAAAGACUGUUCAGGUGGUCCCACACAUCACAGAUGCCAUUAAAAACUGGGUAGAGUUAGUUUCUGUCAUCCCCGUGGAUGGGAAAGAGGGCCCAGCAGAUGUUUGUGUGAUAGAAUUGGGAGGAACUGUUGGUGACAUUGAGUCAAUGCCGUUCAUAGAGGCUUUGCGACAACUAUUCUUCUCAGUUGGGCAAGAUAACUUCUGCCUCAUUCAUGUGAGCCUUAUACCUGUACUUGGUGUUGUGGGUGAGCAAAAAACGAAGCCUACACAACAUAGUGUACGGGAAUUGAGAGCGUUAGGCUUGACUCCUCAUUUCUUGGCAUGUCGUUCUGCUCAGCCUUUAUUGGAAAGUACGAAGCAGAAACUUUCACAGUUUUGCCAUGUUGCUGUUGGUAAUAUUCUUAAUAUCCAUGAUGUUCCAAACAUUUGGCAUGUUCCUCUUUUGCUUCGGAACCAAAAUGCUCAUGAUGCCAUUUUAAGACAGCUAAACUUACUUAGUGUCGCUGCACCUCCUGAUUUACAAGAGUGGACCAAAAGGGCAGAGACUUUUGAUAACCUUACCAAUUCUGUGAGGAUUGCAAUGGUUGGGAAGUAUGUAGGCCUACCAGAUUCAUAUUUGUCUGUUGUGAAGGCCCUUCUGCAUGCCUGCAUUGCAUGUUCAUUGAAGCCAUCAGUUGAUUGGAUUGCAGCUUCGGAUCUUGAAGAUGAUAGUGCUAAAUUGACACCUGAAGCGCAUGCUACUGCAUGGGAAACUUUAAGGAAUGCAGCAUGUGUCUUGGUUCCUGGUGGAUUUGGAGAUCGUGGUGUGAGGGGAAUGAUAUUGGCUGCAAAGUAUGCUAGGGAGAAUAAAGUUCCAUAUCUUGGGAUCUGCUUGGGAAUGCAGAUAUCUGUGAUUGAGUUUGCUAGAUCUGUUUUGGAUCUGGAGAGGGCAAACAGUACGGAGUUUGAUGCAGAGACACCUGAUCCAUUUGUAAUUUUCAUGCCAGAGGGUUCAAAAACACACAUGGGAAGCACAAUGAGACUUGGCUGUCGAAGAACUUUAUUUCAGACCCCUGAUUGUAUCACUGCAAAGCUGUAUCAUAAUUCAGAGUAUGUGGAUGAGCGACAUAGGCAUAGAUAUGAGGUGAACCCAGAGGUGGUUGGCAUUUUAGAGGAAGCUGGCUUAAAAUUUGUGGGGAAGGACGAAACUGGGAAAAGGAUGGAGAUUUUAGAACUUCCAAGUCAUCCAUUCUAUGUGGGAGCACAGUUUCAUCCAGAAUUUAAGUCACGGCCUGGCAGGCCUUCAGCUCUAUUUCUAGGUCUUAUAUUGGCAGCAACAGGGCUGUUAGAACCAUAUCUUAAUAAGCAUCAGAAUGGAAGCCUAUGAACAAAUUGUCAAUGGUUUGGACUUCUAAAUCAUACUUGCAAGAAAUCAGCCUUGGUCUAAGCUGAAGAACCUGCACAUUAAGUUUUCUGAGAAGUGGAUCCUUAAGAGGAGAUACAAUGGAGACCAAAUUGCAGAAAGCUAUGGGCUCCUUCCUGCAACUGAAGUAGUUGAUAAUUCUGUCUUAUGUGUGGGUUUUAAUUUAAAUACAAGUUUUGCUUUGGUGCUUUAACAUGGGCAUAUUAUAUUUUGCAGAGGCGGUUGCAAUUGGAAUCCUCAAUUGUCUCGCCUCAUUACCUCUCUUCUUAGUAUGUUAUAGUAUUCGCAAUGAUAAAUAUUUUGUUUC